AUCUGUGUUUGCCCCUCAUCAAGUGCCUUCAGUUCCAACAAACCCUUGGUGAGAGGGUUUAGAGGGCCAUUCACAGCAUCAUGGUGUUCCAUGGUGGGCCCUUGUUUCCUGAAGUGAACCCAGAGGGACUCAGGGAACCGGACUUGAAUCGCUCAGGGCUUGUCUCAGCUUUCCCUCAAGGAUCCAGAGAGUCCGUCUGUCUUAUCACGUUCCUCUGGCUGCUGUCUCAGCUCGUCAGAGUCAAGGCUUUGGCCUUGAAGCUGCUGGAUAAAGCGGGGCCCUGCCUUCUCCGUGUGCCCCUCUCACUGCACCUGGCCCUGGCUGAAGCAGAGUCUCAGCGUGGACGCAUGGCUUGGUUUCUGUGCCUGUCUGUGCUCGUGGUUCUGGUCCUGGCUUUGGCAGCUCUGCUCUGGAGGGUGAGAACGAGGGACAGACCCCAGGAGGCCCCCAGCCUGCCCUACCUGCCCGUGCUUGGCAGCCUGCUGAGCCUGCGCAGCCCCCACCCUCCUCAUGUGUUGUUCAAAGAGCUGCAACAGAAGUACGGACAGACCUACUCCCUGAAGAUGGGUUCCCACCAAGUCAUCAUCGUCAACCAUCACGCGCACGCCAGGGAGGUCCUGCUGAAGAGGGGGAGGACGUUUGCGGGACGACCCAGAACUGUGACCACAGAUGUGCUGACCAGAGACGGCAAAGACAUCGCCUUUGGAGAUUACAGCGCCACCUGGAGGUUCCACCGAAAGAUCGUGCAUGGAGCUCUGUGCAUGUUUGGAGAGGGUUCUGCGUCCCUCCAGAGGAUCAUCUGUACAGAGGCCCAGUCUCUGUGCUCCACCCUGUCUGAGGCGGCCGCCACCGGCCUGGCCCUGGACCUGUCCCCUGAGCUGACCCGGGCCGUCACCAACGUCAUCUGCUCGCUCUGUUUCAACUCCUCCUACAGCCGGGGUGACCCCGAGUUUGAGGCCAUGCUGCGCUACAGCCAAGGCAUUGUGGACACAGUGGCCAAGGACAGCCUGGUGGACAUCUUCCCCUGGUUACAGUCAGACUACAGUGACCACGUUCAGAGGGACCUUCUGGACGCCCUGCUGAGAGCCAAGCGCAGCGCCGAGAACAACAACACCGCCGCAGAGUUCAGCGCCGAGGCGGUGGGGCUCAGUGACGACCAUCUCCUCAUGACAGUGGGGGACAUCUUUGGGGCAGGAGUUGAAACGACCACCACCGUACUCAAAUGGGCCAUCACCUACCUGAUCCAUUAUCCAGAGGUGCAAAAGCAAAUUCAGGAGGAGCUGGACAGGAAGGUGGGGGUGGACCGCCCCCCCCAGCUCAGUGACCGAGGCAGUCUGCCCUUCCUGGAAGCCACCAUCAGGGAGGUGCUCCGGAUCCGCCCCGUGGCCCCUCUGCUCAUCCCCCAUGUGGCCCUCAGUGACACCAGCCUCGGAGAUUUCACCGUGAGAAAAGGAACCAGGGUGGUCAUCAACCUGUGGUCUCUGCACCACGAUGAGAAGGAGUGGACCAACCCCGACCUCUUCAACCCAGGCCGGUUCCUGAGCGCUGACGGCUCCAGCCUGACCCUCCCCUCAUCCAGCUACCUGCCGUUCGGAGCCGGGCUCAGGGUUUGUUUGGGGGAGGCUUUGGCCAAAAUGGAGCUUUUCCUCUUCCUGUCCUGGAUCCUGCAGCGCUUCACGCUCUCCGUCCCACCGAGUCAGUCGCUCCCUAGUCUGGAGGGGAAGUUCGGCGUGGUCCUGCAGCCGGUCAAGUAUGCAGUGAAAGCCACACCCAGACCGGGCUGCCACUCUGGGUUAUUCCCUGCAAAUCCUUGAGGAGUCUCCGAGAACCCCCCAAUGCCUCCAGGAAGGAAAUGUUUUAGAGAAGCCUUGUUUCUGCUCAGACUGAUUAGACUUUGACUGGACCUGCAGCCCAUUUCAGUGAAUGAACAAAAACCUGCUGCAGUUCCUCAAACGACCACUGGAGGCUGGUUUCAGAGGGAAGCAUUUUUCACUUCACCCUCUUGCUAAUAAAGCCUUAAAAAACUUCUGUGCAGCAUAGUUACAACAGCUUUCUGAUAGACGCCUCUGUUUCAUAUUUUCAAAAACUUGUCCUCCAGGUUUUCCUGUCCUCCUGUUUUUGUUUCUCCUGUGUUGUGAUGCAGCGAAUGAGGAAAAUGUAUCUGAAAAACUCCAGACUAAAGGAGAAAAGCCGUCCUGUGUCAACAUGAACUUAUCUCCAUUCUGAAGGUCAGACGUCAUGAAAGAGACAGCAGGAACACUGUCAGAGCAGACUGCAGCAUUGCAUCAACCUUCACGACGAGGAAGAGACCAUCGUCUCCCACGGCCCCCUGGCUUCUGCCACGACCCUCUUGAACAGGAUAGAGGUUCUGUGACUGCAAGCAGUAAGAUGGAGUAAGCCCCGCCCCCACCUGCAUCAGCCCAGCUGUACCUGAUUAUGGGUGGAGCCUGGCGGAGCCUCCCUGAAUCCGUAAAGAGAAGCCUCGGAAACAGAGAUAAUGUCUGCCUCCUGAAAUGGAGCGAGGAGCUGGUUCCACCAGCUGAAGGCUCCGCCCCCAUUCUAGUCCAAAAGAUUAUACGAACAACUUCCUGCCUUUGGAGAAUGUGUGAGCUCUGACAUUCAUUAAAUGUGAUUUGAUUUCAAAGUGUGA